UUGAUUUGCAACUUUCGAGGGUGGGUCUCUACAAGAACUUCAGGGCUUACGUAUAGAUGAGGUGUGUUGCUCUCUAGCGAGAACAAAGCUGGCUGGAACGGGAAGCCUCUGUGGUGCUCCUCACCGUGAAGAGCAUCUUGUGGCACCCGACGCUUUGGGAAGAAUGUUUCAGUCAUUUAGAAAAUGGUUCUGGUCAGAGGAAUUCUGGCUUCCUCCAACAAUGAAGUGGUCACAACUGGAAGAUCAUGACGGGCUCGUGUUUGUUAAAGCUUCCCAUUUGUACAUGACUAUUCCAUAUGCCCUUCUCAUGAUGGUCAUCAGGUACUUCUUUGAAAAGUUUGUUGCCUUACCUGUAGCAAAUGCACUUGGCAUUCAAAAGACACAGCAUAAAAUUAAACCAAAUGCCAUCUUAGAGAAUUUUUUCAAGCAUUCCACAAGUCAACCAUCACAUACUGAUGUUUAUGGACUGGCAAAGAAGUGUAACUUGACAGAGCGCCAGGUUCAGAGAUGGUUUAGGAUUCGGCGGAAUCAAAACAAGCCUUGCAGGUUGAAGAAAUUCCAGGAAUCUUGCUGGCGGUUUACAUUUUACUUGUCGAUAACUGUGGCUGGAGUCGUGUUUCUUUAUGAUAAACCGUGGGCCUAUGAUAUGUGGGAGGUGUGGCGUGACUACCCCACACAGCCUCUGCUGCCUUCCCAGUACUGGUACUACAUUUUGGAAAUGAGUUUUUAUUGGUCACUGCUAUUUAGCCUGGGCACUGAUAUCAAGAGGAAGGAUUUUCUUGCUAAUGUCAUCCACCACCUGGCUGCUAUUAGCCUGAUGAGCUUCUCCUGGUGUGCUAAUUACGUCCGCAGUGGGACCCUCGUGAUGCUGGUGCAUGAUGUGUCUGACAUUUGGCUGGAGUCUGCUAAGAUGUUUUCAUAUGCUAGAUGGAAGCAAACCUGUAACCUCCUGUUCCUCAUCUUCUCUGUCGUAUUCUUCAUCAGCCGAUUCAUUAUUUUUCCAUUCUGGAUUUUGUACUGCACACUGAUUCUGCCUUUGCACUACCUCGAACCCUUCUUUUCGUACAUCUUCCUCAACCUACAGCUCAUGAUCCUUCAGGGCCUUCAUCUUUACUGGGGUUACUUCAUCCUGAAGAUGCUCAAUAGAUGCAUAUUCACGAAGAGCAUUCAAGAUGUGAGAAGUGACAAUGAAGAGGAAGAAGAAGAGGAGAUGGAAAAGGAGGAGGAAGAAGAAGAGAAGGAGAAGGAAGAGAGUGCCAAAGGCAAAGAGACAGAAUAUUUGAAGAACGGCCUCGGAACCGACAGGCAUCUCAUUCCCAAUGGUCAGCAUGGCCGUUAGCUUGAAGCCCAGGAGCUCCCAUGGCACCGUGUGCUGCCAGGAGCUUGGGAAGCCUGAACUGCUCUCCACCCACUGCUGUGAGCCCACAGAGACGCCAGCUUGCCCUUAUUUUAUUUUAUUUUAUUUUAUUUUAUUUUAUUUUAUUUUAUUUUAUUUUAUUUUAAUGUUUUUGAGAUAGAGUCUCCUACGUUGCCCAAGCUGGCCUCCAACCCCGCCAUCCUGCCUUGUGACAAAAUGUUAAAAGGUGGAGCACCCAUGGGUUCCCAGCAGUUAAGCUCAAGCGGGUCAGAGAGUUCAGGGAUUUCUUCAGGCAGGUGUCAGUUCUUGUUGUGUUCUCUCCUUACAGAAUUUGAAGCAGUUGACUUUCUCAGGAACUCGUUUUGGUUGGACAUUUUUUACCUUCCCACCUUGUACAUGCUCAGGGUGGCUUGAUGGAUUGCAGGAACCCCAGCUUCUCCAGGUGCUUAGCCACACCUAGCACCUCAUCUUCCAAAACUGUGUUUGAAGUGGCAAGAGGGCAGUUGCAGAGCCAGAGAGGGGCAGGCUUCCCGGGUUCACAAGCCACCUUGGGCAGCGAGGUGCUUUGCUCCACAGUGCUUCUACUCCACUACCUCACAGAAUUAGGGUACAGAUCAAAUGAGAGAAUAGAAGGGGGUGCUUGUGUCUCCUGCAGGUGUUAGUAAACCUCGUUGCACUAUGAUUACAGCUUUGACCAAAGAGACAACCCUGGCUGAAAUUGAUAUGAAAGACCCCAUCUUAAAAAUGGCUCUUACUGUGUAAGAUACCUGGAGAUACAGAGGCCGGAAGCCUGUUUCUGUUGGGAUUGGUAACUACAUUGCUUCCAGGGAUAAUUCUCAGAUGACCAGGGCAGAGAGAAGAGAACACUGCUGGGAAAGCUGCCCUGUGCUGGCAGCCCGGAGCCCCUUCCUCAGGCUUGCAGAAAGGCCAUGGGCUGUGAGGGUAGCUUGGGGGGCCUUUGUGGAGAACCGUAUCACCCAGAAGCCAGCCCCAGGGGGUCAUGCGUGGAGCUUCACCCUGGGAAGGAACUCGUGGAAGAAGAAAGCAGAAGCCACGCUGUAGUCUUGAUAUGCCACUCAUUCUGACUACUGAACAGUAAAGCACCCAGCAGGCCACCAGGGGCCUUAAGUAGCAAGAGUCUUGUGCCCACUAAAUAGUCUGAGAGUUUCAGUCUUUAAUUUUUCAAUAGUGUGUUUUUAAAAACCUUCAGGCUAAGCAAAAACGAGCAAGCAAACAAAAGUCCUUCAGAAUUCUGUUCCCAACAAAAAUGUCUUGUUAAAGAAUUGUAGGAAAGACAGGAAAACAAGCCUCAAAUUAAUACUUGUUUUAUGAGCACACUACCAUGUGCAUUGUAUCUGCAAUGUGAUCUCAUAUCUAAAAUGUCUCCACUCACUUUAGGGCAUAGCUGUUGGUUUAUUGUUCUUACUUUGGUGAAAGGUCACACUAAAAUAUUUUUUAUGUGUUCAGUUAAUGAAGAAUUUUUCCUUGAUUUAUUUUGGUUUUCUUUGACUGCAGAACCUUUUUUUUCCUUGCUUACAGUGAAACAUUGUUUAAUCUUAUACCCUCCAACUCUUUUUUUUUUCCUGUCUUUGACUGUGGAAGGUAAAACUGGUAUGCUAACUUCAGCUCUAAACAGCUGAAGCACUGUACUUCAGAAGAGGUAGAGGUAUGCUCUGUAGCAUCCUUGGGGGCUCCUGUGGUUAGGACAGGUACCGCCCUUUCCUAUGGCAAACAAGAGUUCACGUUUGUGCAAGGUGACUUUGUAAAAUUCUAAGCCACAGUAACUUACAAUAAAACAAAGACAAACCCCACAGUGCAUGGUG